AUGGCCUCAGCAAUGAAAUUCCCUACUUACAAGGAACUGUUUUGGAAACAAGGAAAAAAAACAGUUUCGUCUGCUGUGAUUGUGGGAAGAUUUAUGCUGUGCAGAGAAGCCUUUGGAGACAUCGAAAAUUUGAGAACUUUAAAGGAAAACAAGAUCGAUCGAAAGAAAACUGUUUUACGAGAAAUCGUUCCUAGAAGAAAUAUUGGGCGAUUUUGUACCACCCGUUUGAAAAAAGGAAUUUGUUCACAAAAAUGGCCGACAGAAAAAUCUGCAUCACAGAAAAUUACUGCGGAAAAACGAGGAACUUCCGCGCAAAAUCUUCACCACCACACAGUUUCGGAGAUUCCAGGGAUGAUCUUCAUGAGAAAAGUUUCCAAGAAAAAUAAGGAGCCAAAGAAAAUCCAUAUUGGUCGUAUCUUAAAUCUUCCUGAAAUAGGAAGUAUCGAAAUUCACAAAGAUGCAGUUGAGAAAAAUCAAAACGUGAAUUCCUUAAAACUUUCUUUUAUGUGUGGAAAUAAAACAAUAGGCCAGAGUGCGGCAUCUUUUAGUAUCGACAAAAAAUCUUCUCAACAAAAGGACAGUCCAGAAAAAAUAUUUCCGAAAAUAAAUAAGAUGUUUCGAGUGGAAAAUCGACAAACUCAGAAGAAAAUUCCGGAUGUUCAGUUCGAAGAAGUAAACUUGAAAAUGGAGGCCGAAGAAGAUCUUAUUGUGGAAAGGAUCUCCCGUGGAGAGUGAAUCUGUAAGAAUGAAUGAACCUCAUUUUUGGAAAUGUCCAGAAGCGUUUCGUCUUCAAAAAAGUGAUCUCUUUAAAAAGAAUUACUUCAGUGGAUCUAUUCGAUGUAGUUGUGGGCAAAAUUUGCCCGAAAAGUACCAUCAUCUGAAAUCAUCUAAGGAAUUUAAAUUGGAAUCCAGAGUGACCAAAGUUAUGGAAUCUAUAACUGUUCCUCAAGUUACAAACACAGAAUCUAUAAAAGAUGUAAAAUCUAUAACAGUUCACAAACAUAAACUUCCUCUCAUAAACGGAGUGGGAACCUUUUCACCUUUACUACCAAUAAAUAUAAUUCCAGUGGAAAUGAAUAUUAAUUUUCCCAAUUCCCUUUCCAAUAUCAACUUUUCCGAAGAAGAAGAACUACAGUAUAAUCUGGAGAAACAAUUGUUCGAUAGUGAAGAAAUUUAUUUAGAAGAAACUAUUGACCUUCAGAAGAAGUGGUUCGACAAAGAAGAGAUCAGAGUUGCAGAAAAUUUUAAUGUGAAGGAAAAACUAUUUUCAGGGAAAAGUACAGAGACAAGGAACAAUUUCCAAUUUGAAAAAGAAUCUGAAUUAGAGAAGGAAAUCGACGAGGGAAAAGGAAAUGAAUAUUCUCUAUUUUGUUAUGAAGUCAUUGAAAAUGACAGCGAUUAAAUGCGAAUAGGCGUGAUGAGCACGGAAGUGAAGAUAUUAUAAUUACCUACGAUUUUAUAUAUUUUGGGUUUAUUUUAUAUUUUUAGUUAUUCGAAUGAAUUUUUUUCUUUAUGAUAUUUUUCUUCCAGAUUCAUUUCUGUAAUAAUACUCGAAAUUAAUUAUUAAAUUAUCUAA